AGGGCACUUUCAGGUCGGCCAUAUUUGCUUUACCGUCCUGGCUGAAGGAGAAGCAGACAGGAGAUGAAGGGGAUCCGGGGAAUCAGUCAGCUUUCGAGACGCUUCCAUGCGGCAGCCAGAUCAGGCCAGUCCCUUGCUCAGCCCCUGGCUGGCCUCAAGGUCUCUCCGGGGGCUGCCCACUCCCACCAGGAUGUACAUGUGACCAAACUGCCCAGUGGACUGGUGAUCGCCUCUCUGGAGAACUAUUCCCCAACCUCCAAGAUCGGAGUGUUUGUCAAGGCUGGCUGCCGUUAUGAGACCCCUGACAACCUGGGGGUCACCCACCUCCUCCGACUAGCUUCCAGCCUGACAACCAAAGGAGCCUCAUCUCUCAAGAUAUGCCGUGGUGUUGAGGCAGUGGGAGGCAGCCUGAGCGUGACUUCAUCCAGAGAGAACAUGGUCUACACCGUCGACUGCUUGAGAGAUGACAUCGACACAGUGAUGGAGUAUUUGAUCAACGUGACGACAGCCCAGGAGUUUCGGCCAUGGGAGGUGUCUGACCUCACGCCCAGAGUGAAGGUUGACAAGGCCCAGGCUGCACAGAGCGCUCAGAUAGGUGUGAUUGAAGGUCUGCAUGAAGUUGCCUUUAAGCGUGGACUGUGCAACUCCCUGUACUGUCCAGAUCACAUGGUUGGCAACAUCCAGUCUGACCAUCUGCACCACUUUGUCCAGAAUAAUUUCAAAAGUGCAAGAAUGGCUCUUGUUGGACUUGGUGUUGAUCAUACUGUGCUGACGCAAGUUGGAGAGCAGUUCCUCAACAUCCGCGGUGGAGCGGGCACCACAGGGGCCAAAGCUCAGUUUCGUGGAGGUGACCUUCGGCUGCUCAACACCGGCAGUCUGGUCCACUCAGCGGUGGUGAGCCAGUCAGCAGUGGCAGGUUCCGCCGAGGCUCUGGCCUUCGGUGUGCUGCAGCAUUUACUGGGAACCGGCCCACAUGUAAAGCGGGGAUCCAGCAGCAGCAAACUGAUGAAGGGUGUUUCCAAGGCAACUGUUGACCCCUUUGAUGUCAGCGCUUUCAAUGCAGGCUACUCCGACUCUGGUCUGUUUGGAGUCUACACCAUUUCCCAGGCUGCAGCUGCUGGAGACGUGAUUAAGGCUGCUGUUGGCGAGGUGAAGGCUGUUGCCGGUGGUGCCGUCACAGCUGCUGACCUCACUCAGGCCAAGGCCCAGCUGAAGGCUCAGUUCCUGAUGUCUCUGGAGACUUCCGAGGGUUUGCUGGAGGCCAUGGGCACUCAGGCUCUGGCUGACGGAUCCUACCGUACAUCUGAGGAAAUCUGCAAAGACAUCGACAACGUCUCCUUAUCCGACGUCGCCAGCGCUGCCAAGAAAUUUGUGUCUGGUAAGAAGGCCAUGGCAUCCAGCGGCAACCUCAUUAAAACACCCUUCGUGGAUGAGGUCUAAAGCCCCUCCCUCUCACCUUGUACUGUACCUAACUCUUGACGGCAAAGCAGAAUUCAUUUCCUCCACAUUUUGACAAAAAGAGAAAUAGAGCAGAGGUCACCAUCACCUUUCUAAUGCUGUUGUUGUGAGAGAUACGUCAUAACACCACUGGAUAUUUAUAGGUGUUGGUACAGUAUAUUUUCAGGUGAUGCCACCCUGGCGUGUCACUCUGUCCCUCUCCAUUCGUUUUUGUCCACAUUUUCUGUAUAGCUGAUGUAAAAUAAUAAAUAAAUUCUAUCUACCAACCAGG